AUGGACGGUUUCCGCCGGCCUCCUCAGCGGGAGUCGUGGUUUGCGCCCCUAUCCAUAGACCUCUUCCUCAAGGUGCUCUAUGUGACGUUCCUGCAUCCCUUCGUGGCCUGGGUGGCCGUCCUCUGCCUUCGCGCGGAGCAUAUGCACUGGGACGCGAUGCCGAUGCGCGUGGCCAUGGCCUAUGCCACGUUCAUCACCGUGUGCUGGACGGCGAGCGCUGUCAAUAAGCGCAUCGCCUUUGGCAUCCCGCGCGAGGUCGACAUGAGCGAGGAGGUCAUUGUCAUCACGGGCGGGUCGAGCGGGCUCGGGCUGCUCAUCGCCGAGGUCUACGGCAUGCGCGGCGCCUCGGUCGCCGUCCUCGACGUCAAGGAGAUGGAGAAUGGCGAGGCGAGAGGCGUCUCGUACUACAAGUGCGAUGUUUCGGACCGGAAGCAGCUCGCUGCGGCGGCGAAGAAGAUCGAGGAGGAGCUCGGCACGCCGACCGUCAUCAUCAACAACGCCGCGAUCGUUGUCGGGAAGAAGCUCGUCGACCUCGACUUUGACGACAUCGACCGCAGCCUGUCCACCAACCUCCUCUCGAGCUUCUACGCCCUCAGGACCUUCCUGCCGCCCAUGAUCCGCGCCGGCCGGGGCGGCACCGUCGUGACGGUCUCGAGCGUGAUCGGCGAGGUGGGCGCCGCCCGGCUGAGCGACUACGCGGCCGCCAAGGCGGGCCUCAUCGCGCUGCACAAGUCGCUGACGGCGGAGCUGCGCGCGGAGCACCCGGACAUCCGCACCGUGCUCGUCACCCCCGGCCAGCUCAGCACGCCGCUCUUCUACGGCGUGCAGACGCCCAACAGCUUCCUGGCGCCCGUGGUGGAGCCGGUCGAGGUGGCGCGCGAGGUCAUCUUCGCCAUCGACAACGGCAACGCGGAGCACAUCGGCAUGCCGCUGUACGCGCGGUGGAUGGCGUGGUACAACGUGCUGCCGGUGGGCGUGCAGAUCAUCGUGCGCAAGCUGGCGGGCGUCGACACGGCCAUGUCGACGUUUGUGGGCAGGCAGGGCGCCGCCGCCACCGCGGAGCUGAGCGAGAAGAACGGGGCGGCGGUGCAUUGA